AUGAAAGAGAACAUUCUGAAAGAAUUGGAUGACCCACAAGAUCAGCGCACAAACAUUGACAUUGUAACACCCGAUUUCUUUGAUCGUAACCAAACGACCAAGAAAAUUCGCCUGAUUGAGAGAGACAAAAAGUACGGACUGGUCUUUGACAAACGGUUCAUUGAUCGAGCCACCCGCGUCUCCACACCGUACGGUUACAACUGGUUUAGAAACGAAGCGGAUCUCUUUCUUUCUUUGUAGUGUUUUUUCCUCUAAAACUAGGUUAGGAUCAGGUUGCAUGGUGGCGCCCAUCAAAGAACUUUUUGCAUGCUUUCUGAACAAAUUAGGUAUUGUAACGUUUCAUUGACAGGGAGGUGAAAUGACAGAAUAAACUAAGUUGUGACUCAAAGUCUUGUGUGGUCUAUGACUAUAAAUAGAGGGCGUCCUAAGGGGUAACGCUUAUUCUUUAUCGACAUUAUGUCGAAUAUUUACUUAACCCUCGUGAGCGACGUGACCAAAAGCUAUGCUGGUAAUGUGGUCAAUCAAUUUAAAGUCAAACCUCAGUUAAUGUUACCGGGACAAGGAUGGAAAGUGUCGAUUGCCUCGGCGAUUCUCCCUAAAAUGGCUUAAUUUAAAAACUUACAGAGUGCCAAUGUGAAUUUAAUGGAAUAAUGGUCUGA